UGCUGCUGUAGAAGGCGGCUGCUGCUGCUACACAGAGUGUGCCUGCCUUCCUUCCUAUCAGGCUUCUGUCGAGCGCCGCCAGCAGCGCGUUAGUGAGUGAGCCAACAGCAGUGGCCUGUCUGACUAGCUCCUGCAACCAACCGAGUCCUUUUGCCUUGCUUUCUUCUACCACUUGCUCGGCCUGAGAUAGGAGGCCGCUAACGAGAAGAACAUCCUCGGACGACGGACGCACGGUGGAGUGUAGUCGCGCUGUGGUCGUGUGCUGGCGGGACGUCAGACGACGACGGCACCAAGACAGAGUACGGAACACGGCUGCAGCGGAUGGAACGAAAGAUUUGUUGUAAAAUAAUAAAAGAAUAGCGGCAGAAGCAGCAGCUCAAGCAGCAGCAGCAGGAGCAAAAGGCGCAGCGCAAGGAAUAGGAGAAGCAGUAGAAGGACUAGCAAGCGCUGCACGCAGUGGAAUUGUGACGGAGUGCAAGAGUGAACUGUGUGAUCUGUGUGACUGUCCUAACUGGUGGCCUGUGGACGAGCGCUGGCUGCCUGCAGGUAGCUGCUGCUGCCAGCCGAGAAGCAAACCACCUACCCACCUAUCCAGCAAUAGCAGAAGCAGGCUCCUGACCUGCGCUGGACUAGUCUAGCGCAAUUGACUGCUUUUAACACGCCCGAUUACUGCUGCUGCUGCGGCUGGUCGCUAAUCGCAUCGUCUGGAACGAAGCUGGACGGACCGGGGUCCACGACAGAUAUCUCUGCAGCCACUUUUACGGACAACAACGGCAGCAGCAGCAGCAGUAGCAACAACAACAAGCAUUAAACAGGCGGCAGCAGCAGCCGCAGCCGCUGCCGGACAGAAGGCAAACGGCAGACAACAUUUGCGAGUGGCAUUCACCCGGACAGAAGCGACGAUAGCAGUAGAGCGCAUAUUCUGGCCGACAAGCAUUGCCAAGUACGACAGAGCUUGUGGCCUUAGUUGAGGUACUCCAGUGGUGGACAGCGAGCGAUCGUGCUACCUGCGGUCGAAAUAGCAUCAGCAAAAGUAAUAACAGCGACAGUUACGUUAACAAAAACAGUAGCACUUCUGGCUAACGUUACCUAAUGGUACCGAACAGAAACGAACGUUAUCAGUAACCGUGAACAGCCACUACGUCAAUAGAUUGUCUGGUCUUGUUGAAAAUAAAGCGAGUGAUGAUAAUGGUUUGGGUGAGGUGAAGAAACUGCUAAAGGCGACGGUACCGAACGGAGCUCGCUAGAGGCGUCGUACCCCCUCAUAGUGCUGCCGGUUGUAGUGGGGCAAUUGACGACAAGAACUGCGUGGAGAACAGUCACUGCGUUUGGGUUUACCGAGUCUAUCCACGUAACGGUAGCAGCAAUAGUGGAACGCGAAUAGAAAUCUACGGUACAAUACAUCGCGCGAAGACUGAUGAGACCCAUUAUAGGGUAGUUGUAAGAGAGUGAUUGUCACCAUUAAAAAUAAUAGCAAGAAAGAUACCGGCGAAGACCACAUUGUGUUUAAGUGUAUUUGUUUGAUCGGCCCCCCUCCUCUCCUCCCCAUUUACUUGCCUGCCGCUAGACUCGGCUCGAAAAGCACCAAAUCGCUCAGGCGACACGGGCAGAGAAAGAUUGAGAAAACGAAAGAGCGAGAGAUUCGUUAGUCAACUGGUUAACAAUUGACCAGCAGACUGAUCUAAUACGGGUAUAAUCAGCCAUCAUACCGUCGAUACGGGGUAGCGCCCCAGCGUGCAGUAAAAAAUUAAUGAGGUUGUGUGUGAUAAUCAGUAGCGUCAUGGUAAUAGUGGUGCAAAAAAAUCAGCUCUGCGGUAGCAGGAUAACAGGAUACUAGUCGAAAGCAUCAGUAACGGAUUGUGUGUGCAACUUUGGGCAAAUGUUCUCUCAGACGAGGUGCUGCUGUGUGCGCUCCGUGUGUAGAAAUAGCGGGUGGUAAAACCCGUGUCGUUACUGGCUAAUUGCGAAAGCCUAUUAGGUGUAUCUGUGUGCCAGGGAAAGGUGGCAGUGGUCAGGCUUUUCAAUUCAUUCAGGUUAGUUAGAGUAACUGGCGUAACGUAAAGUCUAUUUUAUGAAGUUGUUUGAGGCGCUGAAAGCCAUACAGACACUAUUGACAAAGAUCAGGUGGCCUCUUAACAAAGUAGUUGAUUCGCUGGCGGUUGGGACUCACUUCCGGUUAAGUUAUCCUAUUACGCUGUGUCGCUGUUCCCGUUCUUAUGGGUACCAACAGGUACAGACAGCACCUGUUAAAAACUGAAAGCCAGGGCUAAUCUGAAGCUGUUUCUGUCAGAGUACCCGCGGAGGCGUAGGUGCGCGUACACCUGUAAUACUGAGUGUAUAUACGCUCAUAGUAAAGUCAAAAGGAGGAGCCAGUUAAAACCGUUGCAGGGCAGGAAGUUCGGCGUCAACAACAACAGCCGAGCGAAUCAGAGGCAAUUGCUCGCUCGCUAAUCACAGCGCCAGCCAGGACCUUGAUCGGUCGAUAGGGGCUCUAGCUAUCGGAGCAGGUCCGUUUGGCUGUUUCGUGUGCCCGUUGAUUGCUGUUAAUGUUUGUUGAUUGACGCGAGUACCGCAGUUGACGUCGGGGAAGAUAAGCACGAAGCGCACUGCAUUGCUGCAGUCCUACUGCGAGGCCCUCCCGUGUGAGUCGCAGUCCCGUCAGCGAUUACGCUCUCUUAAUCCUUUCGCGCUGGUUAUAGCUUCCAGUCUGCCAGAAAGCAAAAUAGGUCAGAGCCAAUAGGUAGUUCAAGACCCUUUCUGAGCUAAGGUGUUUUUCUUCUUGCGGUUGUUGCGUAACCAUGUGGGUGGGUGAAUAAACAUCCCAUCAAGUGAAGGGAAGGAAGGCGUGUGCGCGACGUCGAAUUGUACCCACUCAGAAAGUGGGUGAAGAGGGCGCAAAAUAGAAGAGUACCAACCCGAUCACUACCAAUUGUUAUCAAAAUACUUUACAUCUCCUAUAGUGGUACACAAUUAGCGACGAUCACCAUUACCGGCUCUAGUCACUCAUUGCUAACGUCAUUAUCAUCAUUCAACAGUUAGCAGCGUCGCUACCGUCACAACGCCAACCUCAGCAACGGCAGCGAAGGCGAGCUCAGCGCCGGUGAACUCAGCGCCAAAGAGAACCAGCGUCAUCUGAAGCCGACUUAGUGGUGAUGCAAGGCGAGCUAAUGGGCGUUUAUUUCUUGAUCGGCCUCCACUGCUCCCUGAAUCGUAAAGUCGCUGUUGAAUUGUUCGCGGCCACCCUUGCGUCGAGCGAACCAUCUCGUACUCGCUAGUCGUCAACUGGACCAGCAUCAGAAACGUGUACGACCAGGUGGUAUUGCGACAGUCCGCCACCUUUUUUUUUAAACCCUGUCGUGCAUCACGCAACAAUUCGUGUCUCCGUGUGAAAGCUCGCCCUGUGGGUGUGUAUAGUUCGUGUAUGUGUUCCCCUCUGAGCAACAAAGGGUCCGGUGGAGCUCGUCGUUUGAGUACCGUUACUGCUACGACGACUACGGGUCCUGUGGCGCGAACUGCGGCGCUUGAUGCAAGUCUCGCCAAGUACGGCUUGAUUUGACGCAACUCAGAUCGAUAUCAAAUGAACCCUAACGGCUGGCGCCAACGUAUGAGCGUUACGCCUUAGAACGCAACCUCUCUUCUUCCGACGUAUGCACGGGAGCAGAAGAAUACGGAUACACUGGCUGGAUAGUUUGGUGGAGCAAACGGUAUACUAGUCGCCAUAUAGCGAUCUGACACAAAAGUCCAUACAUAGAAACGCAAAUCUAUUCAAGGUAUCAAAUGCACUGUGGAAAUAAUCGCCGUUGUUGUUAUUGACACGUCAAUCAGGCAGAUACACAGCGAUAACGGCCGUAGCGGAAGCCACAAAAUCCGAUCCAGGCCGAUAACAGCAAUAGGAACAACAUCCGUCGCUGUUGUAGAUCAGUGGCGGUCGCUAUAGUUCCCGUGAAUAUACUCGAAGUGGUUCUACGAAAAGUAGUGGCCGUCACAACCACUACCAAAGUCGGGCGUUGGCCGCAAUUUGCAUUGACAAGUACACUUUCACCACUUGGAAGCGGAAAAACAACAGAAAUUGAAGUACAACCAUGACAAAAGAUAGGUUGGCCGCUCUGCGGGCGUUGCUGUCUACUUGUUCGCAGCCGCGAUCGAAGGCCAUCGAAGACUCCGAAAAAUCAAGGACAUGGCAAUACGGCUGGCCGUAUAACUGUAAACAGAUAACAUCAUUUGUUGGCACAAGGCGACAACGACGAUGUCGCCGUCAGCGUGGAGGAGCAGCGUGCUCAGGGUUUUAUGGACGAAUUCUUUGCCGAAGUUGAAGAAAUUCGUGAGAACAUCGAUAAAAUACAGACAAAUGUCGAAGAAGUUAAGAAGAAGCACUCAUCUAUAUUAUCCGCCCCGCAAACGGACGAAAAGGUCAAGCAGGAACUCGAUGACAUGAUGGCGGAUAUCAAGAAGACGGCGAAUCGGGUUCGUCAGAAACUCAAACACAUGGAGCAAAGCAUCGAACAAUUGGAGCAGACGCAAAUGAUGAGUGCAGACUUCCGUAUACGAAAGACGCAACAUUCCAUGUUGUCGCAAAAGUUCGUUGAGGUGAUGACUGACUAUAAUAAGACGCAAACCGACUACCGAGAACGCUGCAAGGCGAGAAUACAACGACAGCUGGAAAUAACAGGUCGUGUGACGACAAACGAAGAACUGGAGGAAAUGUUGGAGACGGGAAACCCGGCCAUAUUCACACAAGGCAUUAUCAUGGAGACACAGCAGGCCAAACAGACGUUGGCGGAUAUUGAGGCGCGACACGCCGAUAUUAUGAAGCUUGAAAACUCGAUCCGAGAGCUGCACGAUAUGUUUAUGGACAUGGCGAUGCUGGUCGAAAGCCAGGGAGAAAUGAUCGAUCGUAUCGAGUACCAUGUCGAGCACGCGCGGGAUUAUAUUGAAACGGCCAAACAGGACACCAAAAAGGCCCUAGUCUACCAGAGCAAGGCGCGAAGGAAAAAGAUCAUGAUUCUCAUCUGUCUCACCAUUCUCAUCGUCAUUCUGGGCUCAUUCGGGCUUAGCUUCAUACCCGGCUUCUAAGCAUAGCUCGUGUGGCUGCGUCGGCAUUCCGCUAGGGCUCAAGUACUAGCCUAGUCACACUCUAGUGGAAGCCGAAAACAGACCGCCGAGCUCGCAGGCCCUAACCCCGGAGCCACCCAGCCCAACUGCCAGGCGGAACGAUUCAGCCGCCUGGCGGGCAAGGAUCGAGCUGACGCUGGCAUUGCACUAGUAGUGUCAAGCCGGUAUCAGUUUGGCUGCAAGCCAGGGACUCCGGGAGCAGGGCCAGCGAUUAGCACUAGGAGACCAGGACAGACGAGGACGCCAGGCAACCCGCGCCGCUUGCUGGCCAACUGACAACUCAAAGCGAAAGAAGGCAACAAAAAAGAAACCAGCAACGCAACGCAAAGAUGACGCACAGUUAUCAGACGACAAUGCAACCAGUCUCCCGCCUGCUUGCUGAUAAUGGCGUAUAAUGACGACGAAGUAAAUUGAUGGCAGAGGCGGCUGUGGCAGACCAACGCAAAGCAGCCAAAGGGAACGAAAAAUAGCCAGUACGAUAGAAGUAGAGUUCGUCACAGCGGCGCAGGACGCCUGACGACCAGAGGGUGCGGCGAUGAACGCCUCGCUCGCGCAGACAACUAGAUCCCCCUCCCAAUCGCCCCACCUAACGUGGCUCGCUGACCCGGCAGGACAUACAUCGGGAUAGCAAAAUCGAAACAAACCAAGGGAGUGAGGGAAUUAAUAAGGAAGGAUAUAAGGAAGGACAGAAAGGUAAAUUUGCGGGUCUAUCAGCAGUUUUACAGAACAGAACAAACGAUUGCAACUAAACGAACUAGAAGCAACUACUGUUAUGAUUACUGCAAACAAUAACGAUACCAGGAGUAAAAAUUAAGUUCGGCAGAAACGGCCAGAUCUAACUGCAACGGAAAAACAACUAACUACUCAGGAUCCUGUCGGGAAUCGUGUCCACAGUGGAAGCGACAAUGAAUUUCAGCCAGACAUAAACGAUAAGCUGAGCGCACGUCUUGCGAUAGCGAGAUAAAAAAAAAAAACGCAGCAUUGAUCAGUGAUAGUCAACCAAUGACGCUAGAAAUGAUGGCGAGGCUACUACUAACUAUAAAAAAAAAAACGUCAUUAACAUACAACCACGAUUAUACACGUAUGAGUAAGUGGAUCAGCAAAAACAAUGGGCCGAUGCGAGCAGCGUGUCUGGUUGAGAUAAAAUGGAGGCUAUACGACGACGACAACAACAGGCGAGGGAGUUAUGGGCAAGAUUUCCGUAGCAGGUAUGUGCCCAUACCACGAGCGGCACGCGUCAUGGUCAAGUGGGGCCGUCAAGACACGAAUUCACCAACGGGUCACCUCAGAGAUCGUGUGCCGUAUUGGGUGGACGCCGAAUUAUCGUCCCUAGAAUCAUCUUAUCUGUCUGACGGCAACAGGUCGAAAACAACUACUAGGACCGGAAUUGGAAUCGUAUAAAGAUCAACUUAGAUACGUAAAAGCAGAUAAAUCAAGGCAUGACGUGCAGCUCAUUACACCUAUGACACAACGACGCUGAUACUAUCCUUUGAGGAACAAUGGCCAAUAAAAUGCAUCGAGCAACGAGCCUAAGCAGAAGAAAAAAAGAUCUUAGGCCAAUGUUUAAGCGGCCGUUCAGCAUUCUCCAGGCCAUUACCAUUGCCAUCCCGCAAAAAAAA